AUGGCUGAGCUCCACCCAAUUUCCACAUUCAUCCUCCUCUUCCUCACCACCCUCCUGUCCUUUUCCGUCAUUUCCCACUCCCAGCAGCCCCUCCUCAGCCCCGCCGAGCAAGACUCCGUCUACCGCGUCCUCGACUCCGUCAACCCCCACGUCCCCUGGCGCACCCUCUUCCCCGAUGACCUCUGCUCCUACGGCCCCCACGGCGUCGUCUGCGACUUCUUCACAAACGACACCAACCCAAACGUCGUUUCCGUCCACGUCUCCGAGCUCAGCUUCGGCUACGUCUCCGACUUCACCCCCAACCCGCCGUGCUCCUCCUCCGCCGUCCUCAGCCCUCUCCUCUUCUCCGCCUUCCCUUUCCUGCGCAAGCUCUUCUUCUACCGCUGCUUCAACCAAACCACCACCGUCGUCUCCGUCCCGGAUGUCGCGGCGAGUUUCUCGCCGGGUCUGGAGGAGCUCGUCUUCAUUGACAACCCAUCUCUUGUUUCACCCCUCAGUGGCGUUCUACGUAAUUUCACCAGUUUAAGGAGGGCGGUUCUGACCGGGAACGGGUUCUACGGCAACGUUCCGGACUCCGUCGCCGAUAUGGUCAACCUGGAAGAGCUGACUCUCGCCAGAAACAAACUCGGGGGCGAAAUUCCGGUGAGCUUUGCCAGACUGAAGAAGCUGAAGGUUCUCGACCUUGGUGGAAACUCCUUCGCCGGAGAAGUGCCGGAGUCGGUGGGGAGCCUCCCGGAGCUGUUGAAGCUGGACCUGAGCUCGAAUGGGUUUUCCGGCGAAAUCCCGGCGAGCCUGAAAAACCUGCGGAGGCUGGAGCUGUUGGACCUGAGCUACAACCGGUUCAACAACUCCGGCGUGCCGGUGUUCUUGUCGGAGAUGACACAGCUUAAAAUGGUGUCGUUGAGUGGGAACAAGCUGGGAGGGCAGAUUCCGGAGAUAUGGAGCAAGAUGGGGGGUAUUUUGGGAAUUGGGCUUUCUGGGAUGGGACUGGUUGGGAAAAUCCCAGGUUCAAUGGGGUUGUAUUUGAGAAAUGUAAGGUACUUGGGGCUUGAUAAUAACAAGCUGGAAGGGACAGUGCCUCAGGAGUUUGGGCUUUUGGAAUCUGUGAAUGAGAUUAAUCUGGAGAACAAUAGCUUGAGUGGGAGGGUCUCAUUUUCUUCUAAAUUUGGGCACAGGAUCAAGUUGUAUGGAAACCCAGAGCUUUGUGUUGAUGAUGAGGGUUUAAGGUCUGCAAAGGGUUUAGGGUUUGGGUUUGGGGAGUUGAAGGUGUGCAGCAAACAGCAGAGACCCAAUCCUGCCCAUUUCACAGUGGAUUCUUCUUCUUCAGCAGUGCAGGUUGUUGUUCCAUCCCUGGUUAUGGUUUUAUUGGUUAUGAUUGUGGUUAUGCUUAAUUAG